AUGUCAUCUGUUAGCGGAAUCUGGUUUCUGUUUCUCGCCACUGCUGCAACGUCCCUCCUGUGGGGGGUCAGUAUCUGGAACGGGACUGUCAAGGAACUGCUUCUGACAGCUUACCGUGGCAAAUUUGAAGAUGGCACCCCGUUUCAUACUGACUAUACUGGCUUUCUGCCACUCGACUUCCCUAUUGCUGUUCUAGUGGCCUUUUUCUAUUACGGAACAAACGGGUCGCACCCUGGCUACCAGCAAUUCCUCGUGGACGCGUAUUCGACGUUGCAGCUGGCUUUUGUUUGGCUGUAUGCUGAAGGACUCCGGCUAGAGGACAAACCAUAUCCGAUUGCAAAUCCUCUCAUCUGGGGUCUCCUUUGGCAAGCACUCGGCGGCGCCAUUGCCUGGCCUAUUUAUUUCUUCUAUCACAUUCGAUGGUCUAACUCUCGACAAGGACAGCUUCGUCCGCUUUCCCUAUCGUCCGCAAAGGCACUUCCAUUCAGCUUUCUUCUGGGUGCGGUUCUGCCAGCUGUGAUAGGCAUGCUUCCAACCUGGUACCCUCGAUCUCCUCAUGUCCAUCAGUCCGUCCUAGCAGCAUGGCAGCCCGACCCUGUCUGGGUAGCAGUCAUUCAAACAUUCCUCACAAAGUUGUUCUCCGCACCGGAAAACGCAAACCAGGCCGUGUGGUGGACGCGGGCCUCCCUCUUAUUGUCAGCGGUGGCGUGCACGAUCGGACAUUCACACACUCUUUGGACGGUUAUCACAUCGUCCGAUGAGCGACUUAGCUUUCCACGCAUGUAUAUUCCGCAUCUGGUGAACGGACCACAGGACGCGACGGUCCGACUAGCAAGCGGUCCCUGGCUCUUCCUCCAAUACGACCUUAUUAUAUACUCGUUGGCAAGCGUGUCUUGGGCAUAUAUUCUUGUCUCGCGAUUGGUGACACCGGGAGCGCUGCCUCGCCUCGUGGUGUUACCAACGCUUUUCAUAGUGGGGUCGGUGAUCCUGGGGCCUGGUGCCACUGUUUCUUUGGCGCUGUUUUGGAGGGAAGGAAAUGUUCCUGUGAGCCGGAAGGAUCGGAGAUUACCCAGGAAGUCAUUCAAUAAAUUGAAGCAGUGA